AAUCCACCACAACUCACACAGAGUUCACUUCCGGCGCCGCUGCAUCGGCAGCGAAUUAAGUCUCUGAUAGGCUUGCUCCUUGCACGUGAUCAGCUGCGCGUUCUCCGGCAAGAUGGCGGCGCCCGUGUGACCAUGCGUGGAUUAGGAGAGAGCCGCGGUAUAUCGAACGGGUGAGGAGCUGUUGGCCACCACGUUCUUACAGUGCAGUGCUGCUGGUUACUCAGUGACUAUGGGACAGUGAGGAGGGGCAGGCAACCUGGGCUAAAGUACAACUCACUUCUGUGGCAUUCUGGGACUUGUAGUUCAGCAUCAGCCGCAGAGGCUCAAGUUACAGAGGAUACAGGAGACUAAGAUUUUAGUGAUGGUGUAGAAGGAACAAGACUCUGAUCCUUGGGAAAAGCCUCCUGAUCAUACAUCAUGGAGAUUUCCGGAGAAACCAUUAUACAUGAGGGAAAAGCCAGUGUCAUCUUCCCCAGCACUAACCAAGUCUUCUAUAAUCCAGUGCAGGAGUUCAACAGAGACCUGACAUGUGCUGUGAUCACAGAAUUUGCUCGUCUGCAUCUCCAGCAGAAAGGGAUUAAGAUUGUGGUGCCUGGUGAGAGGGAGGAGCAGAAGCUGGUGGUGAACCUCUCGGAGGCAGGAGAGGACAACAUGAACUCCAGUACAGAGAAUAACUCCGCCCCCACAUCUGCAGAGAAUAACUCCGCCCCCACAUCUGCAGAGAAUAACUCCGCCCCCACCACUGCAAGUGUAGGGGAGCCCUGCCCUGAAGGUCUGCGUGUUUUAGAGGGUCUGGCUGCCUCCGGCUUGCGUUCCAUUCGAUUCGCCUGCGAAGUGCCCGGCCUACACAGCGUCGUUGCAAAUGACUUUUCCGCCAGCGCAGUGGAGCUUAUCAAACGGAAUAUACAGCACAACGACGUGGGGAACCUGGUGACCGCCAGCUACAGUGAUGCCCGGAUGGUGAUGUACAACAGGAUGGGGGCACGAGAUCGCUUUGACGUCAUAGAUUUGGAUCCCUACGGGAGUCCGUCCAUGUUCCUAGACGCCGCUGUGCAGAGCGUGAGCGAAGGAGGACUGCUGUGUAUCACAUGCACCGACAUGGCGGUUCUGGCAGGAAACAGCGGCGAAACGUGUUACAGCAAAUACGGUGCAAUGUCAAUUAAAUCAAAGUACUGCCACGAGAUGGCUCUCCGCAUCCUCCUGCACAGCCUGGACCUGCGUGCGAACUGUUACCAGCGAUACAUCGUUCCUCUGCUCUGCGUCUCUGCCGACUUUUAUAUUCGGGUUUUUGUCCGUGUGUUCACUGGACAGGCCAAAGUGAAGAUGUGCGCUAGUAAGCAGGCUCUGGUAUACAACUGCGUUGGGUGUGGGACAUACCAUCUGCAGCGAAUGGGGAAAGCCACCAGCCAUGGAAACAACAUGAAAUACUCACCUGCAACUGGCCCUCCUGUGACUCUGAACUGUGAAUUCUGCCAGCAAAGGCAACAGCUCGGGGGACCAAUUUGGGCUGAGUCUCUCCAUGAUAAAGAUUUUGUUGAGCGCAUUUUAUCUGCUUUAGAGCGAAAUAAUUCAAAGAGAUUUAAGACUGCAGAGAGAAUUCAGGGAGUGCUGAGUAUGGUGACAGAGGAGCUGAGUGAUGUGCCGUUAUAUUAUACCCUGGACAACCUGAGCAGUGUCAUUCGCUGUAACACCCCCUCGCUGCUGCAGUUCCGCUCUGCUCUGCUCCACGCAGGACACAGGGUCUCUCUGUCACACGCCUGCAAGAACGCACUGAAAACCGAUGCUCCGCCCUCUGUCAUUUGGGACAUUAUGCGCUGUUGGGAGAAACAGAACCCAGUCAAGAGAGAGAGGUUGUCUGAGACCUGCCCAGCAUUUCACAUCCUGACUAAGGAGCCAAGGAUUGAGGCCAACUUUGAUAUUCGACAGGACGCCAACCCUAAAUCUCGUAAACUGGGUUUAAAAAGGUUCCAGGAAAACCCAGAGGCAAACUGGGGCCCCAAAGCAAGAGCCAAAGCCGGGGGUGGGCUUUCUACUGCUCUAGAGGACAAAAGAAAGAAGUACCAGAACAAGAGGAAGAAAGACGAGAGCCAACUUAAAAGCUUUCCCAGCAAGAAAUUUAAGAAGGGUUCCUGCGAGUUAGGGGACAACUGCUGUUACUCCCACACCUUGUCGGAUGAAACACAGGAAGAAUCUCCCACAACCCACGAUGGAGCCCCUUCCUAAUCCGGCUCCGCUGGGGAGAAAUGUGGACAUCCAGUGGUUCUGAGCAGUCACGAGCAGCCACAGGCCUCACCCCUAUCUCACGGGACUGACAGACUUGGUAGAUUCCAGGAGGAAUGGAUAUUGCUUAGGAGCUUUCUUUUAUUUAAAAGUGCAGGAGACGAAGCACUCCAUGGUGCAUCCUGCCAUUUAGGAUGCUGGAGUAAUACAGAUUUAUAUAUAAAUAUACCCAAUUUGUAACCUGAGUUUCACAUUCAGUUGUACAUAGUCGAGGAUGCUUCCAUACUGCUUCCCUUAACACAGACUCUCUCACUGGAAAACCAUACAGUGUAAAUGCAUGAACAGAUAGUUAUAAUUAUACCGUGUAAAUACAUGAGCAGAUAUUGUUAUAAUUAUACAGUGUAAAUACAUGAGCAGAUAUUGUUAUAAAAUCUGGAGUCUGUCACA